UUCAUUUCAUAUACAAAUACUAUGGUAAGAGGCUACUUUAAACUGUCCCUCAGUCACGUUCCCCCUUCGUCUCUCUGUAUUGAAAUGUUUUCUUUUCUUUUCUGGAAAACUUUUUCUCUUAAGUGAAAGCUGAAAGAGAAUUAAUAGAAAAGGGGAACGUGAUGAAAUGGCUUCCUCUGGCGUCUCUACUGAUAACGAAUGUCUUGUAAAGUACAACGAACUCAAGCUUCGUAAGACCUUCAAGUACAUCAUCUACAAGCUGUCUGAUGAUAAUAAACAAAUUGUCGUUGAAAAAGCUGUCGAAAGUGGCUCUUAUGAUGACUUUUUGAAUGAUCUCCCUGAAAACGUGCCUCGUUAUGCUGUCUAUGAUUUUGACUAUGUUAAGACUGACGAAGGUCAAAGAAACAAGAUUACUUUCUUCUCUUGGAGUCCCGAUUCUUCCAGAGUCCGUGAUAAGAUGUUGUAUGCCUCUAGCAAGGACUCUCUCCGUAGACAGCUCCAAGGUAUUGCUGUUGAAAUUCAAGGAACUGAUUCUUCUGAGGUCGCUUAUGAAAGUGUCCUCGAAAAGGCUCAACGUAGCUCUUAAGAAUAUCUCUAUUGAAUAACAAUAAAAGCAAAGGAAUAUAAUCUUUUUUCUUUUUCUUUUUCAUAUUCUCAUUUUGUUGCUAAGCAAGGAAAGGGAGAGGAAUAUGUGACACGG